AUGUGUUUCGGAGGAAAGAACGAGAGGUCGGACGAUCCGCCGCCACGACCGGCUCAAAACUACCAGAGCCAGAGUAACGACAACGCCGGUUUUAAUAAUAGCAGCAGCAAAGACCACAAGAUGAGCAGCUCUGCCAGCAACAGCCCCUACAGCAACCCUCCCGGCCAGGGCCAGUUCAACAAUGCCGGCGUCGGCGGAUCGGCGCCCAGCAACUACGGCGCGCCGGGACAGGAGCAGUACGCGCCGCCGCCCGGUCCUCCGCCCUCGCACACCCAGCAGCCGCAGGACGACUUUGCGCCUCCUCCCGGCCCUCCGCCGUCACAUCGGCCGUCGCAGCAAGCGCAGGACGAGUACGCGCCGCCGCCCGGCCCGCCCCCGGGCAAGAGCCGCGAUAACACGGGCUGGAUAGCGCCGCCGCAGGACGGUCCCUCGCAGCCGCCGAAGCAGCAGCACGAUUGGGAAGCGGCAGUGCCGGACACGUCGCUGUUUCCACCGCCGCCGGCCAUUUUCAGCGGCUACGACGCCUCGCCGGUCAACAACUCAACCGAGGCCGAGGCGGAAGCCGGCGAGGCCUGGUGCGCGCAGUACCCUCUCACGCAGCCCAUCCGGCUCGACGCCGCCGGCGCCGAGGCUCUACGCAGCAGCAACUUUCGGCUCAUCGAGCCCCAGGGGUUCCGUGGCCGCCUGACCUGGCAAGGUGCGGGCGCGUGGGCGGUCAGCACGCCGCGCGACGCGCCUGACGCCACGCUCAUCAGCUACCCGCCGCUGUACGUGGUGUCGGAGCACGACCCGACACGCACGGGGCGUCCUCGGAGCGUCUACUACGAGGUAAAGAUUAGCCGCAACAGCCCGUCGGCCAACGUGGCGCUGGGCUACACGGCGCUGCCGUACCCGGGCUUCCGGCUGCCCGGGUGGCACCGCGCGUCGCUGGCGGUGCACGGCGACGACGGGCACAAGUACAUCAACGACCGCUGGGGCGGCAAGGACUUUACAGUCGCGUUUAACCGCGGUGAUGUAUACGGCAUCGGGCUGCGCAUCGGGCCGUCGCGCGAGGCGGCGCACAAGGCGAGCGUGCACAUCUUCUUCACCAAAAACGGCGUCGAGGCGGGCGGGUGGGACCUACACGAGGAGACGGACGCGGAGCAGGACUUGCCGGUGACGGGCUUGGAGGGAUUUCACGACUUGUGUGCGUCGGUGGGCGUCUUUGAGGGUACCGAGUUUGAGGUGGUGUUUGAUCCGGCAAAGUGGAUGUAUCGGGGCAUUGGGAAGGAGUGA